GCUUGAAAGGCGUCGCGAUGCCCGCAGCUGGCGCAAAACGUUAGGGAAAGUGUAAACAUCUGAAACUUGGAAAUCGUUCUGAUAGUUUAGUUUCCCAAAAUGUGCGUUUUGUUCUGAGUUAAAGUUAGCUGAUCGUAUGAAAACUGAUAAUGAGUAAUUGUUUAAAAAGUGGCAAAUCUCAUCAACGCAAAACCCGACGUAGAACGCGUGUAGUUCGAAUCGUUCGCCGUCAACCAGCCGAAUCAGCACAACCGACAGAUCCCUCCACUGAAAGCCAGCCCAUCGGUUCCCAUUCGGUCCGCCAAAUCUGCAUCAAAUACCUGACCUGCCCCAAUCCGUUGUACGAACGAUGGCUGCUGGAGAUGAUUGCCGAAGCGCAGGAAAAGGACGCCAAGAGCCGCCUGACGCUACAGAAGGCUCUAACGUCCCUGCGGCGCUAUCCGCUGCCAAUCCGGACGCCGAGGGAUUGCAUCAUGCUGACCGGUUUCGGGAUGGGAAUUUGCGAAAAACUGGUGGCAAAGCUGAACAAGUUCAAAAGGGAUGGUGGGGUGCAGUUCGAUGAAGCGGCGAGCGAUGCGAUGGUUGAGAAGAUGCUGAACGAUCGACAGGGAGAGUUGUACCGGAAGUUGGUACAGGACGAGGCAGCAGCGUUGGAUGAAGAAGAUAACGAGAUUCUGGCACCAACCGAGGAGCAGUUCGAGAUACCGGAUGAUUCGGUGUUCGACCAUUUGGAGAUCGUUGAAAAUGAACAUCCGACAGUGUCGAAUCCAAAGGCUAUUCUGCUCGUCGACACUCAGGAAACCAUUGGCAAAUCUAAAACCAACCUGGAUCGGACCCUGAAGGAACUGGAACAGUACCACAUUGACUUUGAGGUUCGUCGUUUGAGUGCCGGUGAUUUCCUUUGGAUUGUUCGGGACGACACUGGAACCGAGUACAUCCUGCCAUACAUUGUGGAACGCAAACGGAUGGAUGAUUUGGCCAGUAGCAUAAAGGACGGUCGAUUUCACGAGCAAAAGUUCCGGCUGAAGCAGUGCCGGCUGACCAAUGUGGUGUACCUGAUUGAGAAUCUGGGCCAGAAUCGUCAGGUGGGUGUUCCACAGGACACGCUAACUCAGGCGGCGCUAAAUACCUACGUGCAGGACUUUACGGUGAAGUACACGGACGAUCAUCGCCACACGGUGCUGUAUUUGUCGAUUAUGACGGAGCUGCUUAACAAAAACCUUGACGGUAAAACUUUCUGGAACAUCACCAACCUAUCGGUGGAGGCAACAGCCGCAACCGCAUCGGAUUUCAACCUAAAUCAGCGUACAGUUCCGUUGAUUUCGUUCGAGUCUUUCAACAAAGAAUCGUCCAAAACAGCCGACUGCACGGUACGGGAAGUCUUCAUAAAACAGUUGCUUCAGAUCAAGCUUCUCGCGAUCGACAAAGCGAACGCCAUCGUCGACAAGUAUCCAACGCCGAAGGAACUAAUCCUGGCCUAUGAGCGAUGCACAAGCGAAGAGGAGAGGGAAAAGCUGCUUAACAUUCCGUACGGACCUACAAGGCGGACAAUCGGAUUGAAACUUAGCAAAACCAUCUACCAACUGUUCAUGAGCGACGUCUAUCAGUAAUGAGGUAUCAUGCCUCCUACCCAUUGCCAGGGAAAACCUCUUCGGAUUAGAUAGAUGACACACAGCCCGCCGGAAAUUCACUUAUGCCAUUUGCUUUGUGAUCUAUAUUUUUGAACGCUUAGUCGUAUGUGCGCGGCGAGUGCUAGCCCAGGAAGAAAGCACCACACGGACAAACGGAACGAAUGUGAUAACUCUACAUAUCUACAGAUUUUAAACUUAAUAAAUGGAGCAAAAAUAAAAACAAUCGCUUCCGCUCGGAGCGAAGCGUUUUUGGCUUUGGCUGUGCUGCCGGAGGCAUCGAUG